AUGGUUAAAGUUACAGUUUGCGGUGCUGCAGGUGGUAUUGGUCAACCUUUAUCAUUAUUGUUGAAAUUAAACCCGAAGAUUGAUGAAUUAUCAUUGUUUGAUGUCGUUAACGUACCAGGUGUGGGCGCUGACUUGUCACAUAUUUGCUCAAAUUCUGUGACUUCGUCUCAUUUGCCCUCCUCUAGAGAGGAUAAAUCGGCUCUUGCAGAUUCAUUGCAGGGUUCUGACUUAGUUGUUAUUCCAGCUGGUGUUCCAAGAAAACCUGGAAUGACAAGAGAUGAUUUGUUCAAUAUCAAUGCAUCCAUUGUCAGGGACUUGGCACAAGGAAUUGCCGAGAAUGCACCAAAUGCUUUUGUUUUGAUCAUUUCUAAUCCAGUCAACUCUACUGUUCCAAUUGUUGCAGAGACAUUAAAAAAGAACGGAGUCUUCGAUCCCAAGAAAUUGUUCGGUGUAACCACUUUGGAUAUUGUUAGAGCUAACACUUUCAUUUCUCAGUUGUAUCCAAAAGAAACCAAACCAACCGAUUUCGAUAUUAAGGUCGUAGGUGGACACUCGGGUGAAACCAUUGUUCCGUUAUAUUCUUUAGGAAACUCCAAAUCCUACUUUGAAAAGUUAUCUGAUGAGAAGAAGAAAGAAUUGAUCCACAGAGUUCAAUUCGGUGGUGAUGAAGUUGUUCAAGCUAAGAAUGGUGCUGGAUCUGCUACUUUAUCUAUGGCUUACGCUGGUUACAAGUUAGCCGAAUCUAUCUUAAAGGCUGUCGCCGGCGAGACUUCAAUCGUAGAAUGUACUUUCUUGAAUUUAGAUGAUUCAAUUCCAGGAGCUUCGGAGGCUAGAAAGUUGGUUAAGAAUUUGGAUUUCUUCUCCUUACCGGUCGAAUUGAGCAAAGACGGAAUCAAGGAGGUUAAGUAUGACACUUUGAAUAAAAUCAGCGAAGACGAGAAGAAAUUAUUGCAAGUGGCCAUUGAUCAAUUAUCAAAGAAUAUUGAAAAGGGUGUUGCAUUUAUUAAAAACUAA